AUGGGCAGCCUGCCAUGGUUCAUAAAAUACAGGCCAUCUAAAUUUACAGAACUCUACUUCCCGGACGACUCGGGAUUCAAACUUUUACAAUGGCUCAGGAAUGCACAACAAGGAUCCAUUCUAAAUCUUUUCGGCGCAGUUGGGACUGGAAAGACAAGCUUGGUGUAUGCUGUUGCAAAAGCACUCAAGUAUAGGGUAAUUGAAUACGAUACCAUUCAAGACAAGGAUCCAAAAGAUGUAGGUAAAUCAAAGAGUAUCGAGGGCCUAAAACCUUUAAUUUUAGUGAACGAAUCUGACGUUCCCAUUUCAGUAGUUCAUCAAAAAUUUCAUAAUUUGAAUGCACCAGUAAUCUUCACAACAUCAAACACCCUGGCUAGAGACGUGGAGUCUCUCAAAAUACACUCUCCGAGCAGUGAAAUAAUUUUGAAUUCUGUGAGGAGCAUUUUGAAAAGCGAAAACAGAUGGCUGGACGAUAGAUUCAUUUUGAGACUGUGUGAGGCUUGCAGCUACGACUUUAGAUCGGUUAUAAACUAUUGCCAGGUGUUCUCAAGAUCUUCUGAAAUCAAAGACCUGGCGAUGGUUGAGAAGAUUGCUUCUCAAAAUAUAACAUCCGCAUGCAGGUUGAUAUUAAGCAAGCGAAUGUCCCUACGGGAGUUGGAGACUCUGUACUCAGAAAAGCUUUUAGACUUGUGCCUAUCAUCCGUUUUAGAGAACAGCAAAGACGUUGGCCUAUUGAAAGCAAUUGAGUCAGUAUCCGAGCUUGCAAGCUUCCCAGAAAGGCUUAAGUUCUUGUCUAUUGAUGGGUUGAACAAACUUAGGUCGGACUUUAUUUAUAAGAAAGAGGAUGCAUUGCCAGCAGAAAAUUUUCAUGGGCAUGAAGAUCCACUGCAGUACUUGCCUCUCUACCAUAGAAAUUUGCAAAACAAGCAGAGUGUUUUGCAUUUGCAGGCAAUAUUUAACAAAUAUCAAAUAAAGGAUUUGCCAGCAGUUGACCAGGAAAUUAAGGACCAUAUCGGACUGACAAGUAUUGAUACACGAGUGCUGAAGUAUAAACACAGUCUGGGAUCAUCCUCAGCUGUUAAAAGAGACAUUUCCCUGAAAGAACUGUUGGAUUUAUAG